AUGUCCAAAGACAAGCGGAGAAGCAUCUUUGGCAGCAGCUCCCUCAAUGCUUUCGCGUCGCGCAGUAACAAGGAUGAAUCGCAACCCUCCAACCUGCUGCGCAAGCGGCGCACCGCGUCCUUCAUGUCGAAUCUCUCCGAUGUGUCGCAACACCCUGAAUCAGCGCCUUACAACGGCAGCACGGUAGCGGGGAGCAGCACCCUCAUGGAACCGCCAGACCCCCAGCGACCGGCGCUCUCCAAAGCCAGCCUGAAGCGCGCCAGCUCCGUCUUCAGCUCCUUCCGCGGCUACAAACUGUCCGCCGACGACGACCCGGAACCUCUCUCUGCGACCUCGACGCGAACAUCGACUGGCUUUGGGGAAUACAUCUGGGAGGACGUGCAGGAUCGGCAGGUGCUGCAGCAUGGCGAGGUCCAGACGAGCAGUUCCAUGUUCAGGAAGAAGAGGGAAUACCUGGUGCUGACCGAGAAGCAUCUCAUCAGGUUCAAGAACCACUCCAAGGCGAUUGAAGCUUUUCCUGGCAUACCGUCACCGAACAACCGCAUGAGCUACUACCGUCACAGCCACAGUCCAUCUUUUGGAUCUGCGCACGAACUUCAGUCUAUGGCUUCAGAGUCGUCCGGAGACCGUCACCAUGGCAUACCCCUUCGCCACAUCGUCGCGGUAUACCAUCUAGACGACGGCCGACCACACUUUGCGCUGGAACUAUAUUAUUUGGAUGAUGAGUCGAACAACGCCUCAUCCAUGACCCUGCAAUUCGGUGAUCCAGAAGAGAUGUUUUCUUGGCUCAAGACUAUACGAGAAGCGGCUAACAGGGCACGAUUGUCUGACGCGAAACCCAUCUCUGCACACAACUCCCACCUGGCUGCGCGCGUUGUUGAAGCAGAACGCGAUUAUGUACCUCCUCACUACGCCAUAUACAAGGUUGUUCUCCGACCACAAGGGAAGACGACGACGAGGUCUUCGACAGACGAUUUAGCCAAAGUAUCUGCUUCAGUAUGUUUCCUUGCUAUUGGUGUGCACAAAGUGCACAUUAUUCCGUUGUUCAAACCAUCAUCACAACGGUCUUCAAGCCCUUCAUUGGUCUCUCAUAACACUCAGUCUUCGCAUGGUAUCCUAACCCUGACCGAAGUGUGCGUAAACGAAAUCGACGAUACCUUCCAAUUAACCUUCCGUAAACCUCUCGAACGCCCCAAGGUCCUCCAUUUAGCGUCGUUAGCUUCGCGGGACAUCGCUGUCCGUCUACGAUCCAUAGAAGCUAAUCUAAGACCAGAGUGGGAGACACGGCCUUUCGACUUUCUUGUUCCAGAAGAUGUGCAUCAUGACAUUGGACGGCAGGAAAGCCCACACCCGAUGGAUCAAGAUUCUCUGGAUCGGACCUUGAUUGGGUAUUGUGUUGCUUACGACGUACAGCCAGAGAACAUCAGCUAUCAAAUCACCUAUCCACACGAAGACGCUCCCCGAUUUGAGCUGCUACCACCUGCCGGCCUGCGCAGGAAAGAGUACAACACCCUCGAAUUACUCGCCGUUAUGCGUGCGUUGCGCUACAAUGAGACUUUCGGAGGCAUCUCAUUCAAAGACGUAAAGUUGGACGUUCUGAAUGGGCUGAAAGAUCCGAAUGGCGCGGAGCAUGUUUGCUUGAAAACAAAACGCGGGACGUAUGCACGGCUAGAUGUCGAAGAGCUUGAACGGUCCUGCCUACUUGUGCAAGAAAUCCGCGCUUUGGCUCUGACGAAUCGCAAGCUACGGAGGAUGGAUUUUACAGCCUGCAUUUCCAGAAAACCGAAAGAUCACGGGGAAGCUAGAGGCAGUGCAAGAGACCAGGGCUGCGGCAUUGUGGAAGCUUUGUUCCCAUUGUGCAAGUACCAAACUACCAAUGUCGAUUGGAUAGCUUUGAACAGGAUACAACUUGGAGAUACAGAUUUGGACUAUCUCGUCGCAGCGGGUGUCGAACGAGCGUGCCACUUCCGCGGCCUGGAAUUGAGUGGGUGUGGACUAACGGAUCGCUCGCUUUCUCUUGUACUGGAUGCCAUUCGCGCGCAGGAGACUACGCUUGAGGCCUUGGAUCUGUCGUCUAACCCUUUCAGGCUGUCGCCCAGCAUCUUCGACUCCCAGAUUGGUGUUUUUGGAUAUCUCACGCGACUCAAUCUGUCGCAUGUUGCGCGCUCGUCGGGUCUCGAGUCUUUGAUCUCAGUCGAAACGUUUGCUGGCUGGAGACUACAAGAGCUGAUUCUGAGUGGUACUUCACUCAACCCCGCCAUGGUUGACGCAAUCGCUGGUUAUCUUGUUAAUUACAAGCAAUCGUCAGCUCUUCGGGAAGUCAGGUUGGACCACUGCUUCCUUACAGGAAGAGACAUAGCGUACCUGUUGCACUCGAUGACAGAACAUCCUGGAAAAGCUCGCGAGUUACAUCUGGACGUCAGCGAGAACAAUAUUGAGGAAGAUUUGGACAAGUUGACCAAAGCUAUCUCUAAUGGUCUCGCGCCAUCUAACUUUACACUCCGUCUUCUAGAGUUCGAAGAGGACGCCGACUUUCGCAAGAUGAUUCUUGCGUUGGCCGCGAAUAACACCAUCAGACAGCUCGAUAUCUCGCGAGCAUCAUUACCAUGCGAAGCAUCGGAAGAAACUUGUCAUGCUAUGGAAAAGAUGUUUGCUGACAACACAAGUCUUGAGUGGCUUGACAUCUCUGGGGAGGACUCCCGACUCGAGACGACCAAGCUAGGCGUUGGUAUUAAUCGAGCGUUACGGGGUUUGCAACACAACCGAACUUUGCGAGCUCUGUACAUCAGAUAUCAAAAGUUGGGCGUACAGGGAGCAAGCACCUUAGCGGACGUCCUUAAGGUCAACACUACUUUGCAGUACCUUUACUGUGAGGACAACGGUAUUGCCUUGACUGGCUUUACUGAUCUAGUCAAUGCACUUCAUCGAAAUACCACUCUCCUCUUUCUUCCCAGCAUGGAGGAGGCACGUCAGAUGGCACUGAAACAGACUGAAGAGCAGGUCAAGUCCAUGCGAGACGAUGCAGCAAUACCCACGCAAUCAAAGUCGUCCUCUGUCCGAAGCAGACUCACGAACCGCGUAGUCAGCAACUCUAAGAAGGAGUUGAACAACCCGUCGGGUCUCUCCGACCAAGACAUCAAAGCCGCCUUGGGCCUUGUCGACGAGAGCUGGGCGAGGCAAGAAUACCGCCUCCAACAGUAUCUCCAACGAAAUCACAACAUUGCACACGGCAUACCGACAACUAUGGAUGUCGAUGAAGAAGACUUUGAAAGACCAGACACGGCUGGUAGUCUCGGCAAGAUCCUUGAGAAGGUUACGAUAGAAAGCACACCGACAGACGAGAAAAACGUACAGCUCGGUGUUUAUACGCCACAGUCGACAGACGAGAAGAAAGUACAGCUCGGUGUUUAUACACCACAGUUUUAUUCACCAGGUGCGUCGACGCCCACGACGGAAGUCGACUACGAUAUCACGCCUCUGGAAAAGGAGCUGGAGAUGUCUUUUGGCGAUCAACGAAGAGCAUUUCCUUUCCCUCUGUAA